CGGUCACGCGGCAGCCUCGGCGCAGACAUCUUUGGAGCUCGAGUAACCUCGACCCAGUCGAUCGUGGAGUGUAUCUCAUAAGCCCUCAACCCCUUUCUUCCAUCAACCACCCAACUGCUGUCUUCACUUGCUCACAACAACGACGACAACAACACCGAUAUCGCCUUUUCUAUCGACGCAGCGUAACCGCAAGCCGGGGUCGUCGUCGCUGCCAUGAGAUUCUUCUCCCAGUCCUUCCAGUACGACGAUCCGUGGUCCAUCGUUACCCUCGCCUACUUCCUGCGCUAUCCGAACCCGUACGCGGCGCAUAUCGUCUCCUGCGACGUCGUCUCGCGCCACCUCACCGACGCCGGCACGCUCGUCACCACCCGGCUCAUCCUCAAGCGCGGUGCGCUCCCGCGCUGGGCGCCGCAGGGGAUCGUCAGCCGCGCCGAGUCGUGGGUCGUCGAGGAGAGCGAGGUCGACCCGGCGGGCAAGGUCGUGCGCUGCCAGACGAGGAACUUGGAGCAUGUGAAGGUCAUGCAGGUGAUCGAGUCUGUGACGCUGCGGGAGGCGGAGAACGGGGGAACUCUGCAGAACACGGAGGCGAGCGUCGUGUCUCGGUUUGGCUGGGGUCUCGGUAGCAGAAUCGAGAAUCACGGCCUGGCCAAGUUCAAGGCAAACAUACAGCGUUCUCGUCAGGGCGUCUCUGUGAUCUUGGAACUAUUGCGGCAAUCCCGGCAACCGAUGACGCUCGGCGGGCCUGCGCACGAAGCUUUUGUCACCGAGAGACCCUCAACGUCCCCUGCAGCCUCCUCUUCGACGGAUCAGUCCGCUCCCACUGGACGGUGGACCAAACUGAAGUCCUGGUUCGGUGCCCGCUGAGCACCUAAAGUACCGCGCUAUUUUUCCUGUUUCUUCGUCUUCUGAGCACCCGUAGUACGUACCGAUUCAUAUUGCAGGCACCCUCUCUCGCGAGUCGCCGCGCUGUAUCAUAGCCAUGUAAUUGUACACUAACCCGUACCUAUUCCUGGAUUUUGUCCCUGUCGCUCGUUACGUAGGCGAAUAAAGCUACCGCCGUCAAUCCCCCCUCCUCCGAUUGGCACGCAC